ACAAAUAGAGGAGUAAGCCGGCCAGAGGAAUAUAACCGGCCAGGGAACAGCACACGAUCCAUGGCUUACUCCUCUAUAUGUUCCAUUUCUGCGAUUUUUCCAGCGAUCCGGAGUCUGGUAGAGACUAUCAUAUUAUUCUACUUCUCUUGUAUGAAGCAAGCUUUAAUUACAGCAAUCCUCUAGUGGACAAUAUUGUGAGCUAUGAGUUUCUGUAAUACUAUGAAAACUCUACAUACCCCAGUACCAAAGACGAUACAUUGGCUUCAAACAAUUCCUCCCUUCUCACUCUACAUGACGUGUUGCUAUACCAGUUCUGUGUAACAAUACCAGCAGUUUCUAUCUGAGUUAUGCAAAUACUUGUAAGAUGUAACAGCUGCUUGUAAAGAAUUAUAUUUAGAUUUAUGCAAUUUUAUGAAUGAUACUGUAUACUUGCUUACAAAGCCUUUUGCCCAAUGAAAAAUGGAUUGUUAUAUUGUUCAGUUUCGAAAGGUGUGUAUUAGUAGUAUGUAGGCCAGUAUUUUGUAUACCAUUCAAAGUUAUCCUGGUUUUGCUAAACUCUCUGUACUCUUCAACAAGCAUUUUAUGUGAUGAGAAAAUCUUAGUUCAAGGGUUACAGUAGGAAAAUAGUUCAUUUGAAUAUAACGUGGCUCAGUUUUUUACCGUUCUUACGUUGCAUAACAAAUUAAAGAGGAACGCUUUACUCUUACAAACAGAAAAUUAUGAGCAAUGUUAUAACAUUUCAGUUUAAACUGCUCUUUAGAAAUGUAGUAAAAAAAUUAUAUUAGCCAAAAAUGAAAUAAAUCAAUGUGUCUUGUAUUUAGAGCUCAGCACCUGAUAUUUGUGACUGAAGCCAAGGCCAAUAGUAACGCUGCUUUUUAUUACGACUGUCAUAACAUUUUGCAAAGUGAUUCUAAAUGACCAAGUUUUUGUGAAUGAAUUGUUUUUAUUCGACAGCUUUUUACAUGACAUGUACUUAUGGACUGAAGUUACCUGUUAUUUGAAAGAUGUUCUGUAACAAAGUGUACAUUACCGCUUCAAGUUGCUGCAGUUUUCCGAUGAAAACGUGAUUGUUGUACAUUCCUGUCAAUGGUUCCACACCAUUCGACUAUGCUGAUGUGAAUGUGACUGUUUGAUAUUGAGCUGCUAUAGACAGAACUGCAAGAACGGGAGGAUGUCAAAGCCAAGAGGGAAAAAAUCGUUCUGAAAGUUCUUUAAAAUCGACCUUUGAAUUACUGAUUUUUGGGGAAACCUUUGACAAGAGGUACUGUCCGAAUGUUCCUGCCGUUUUGUGGAUAUAUGGAAACAGGGAAAUACAUUGAGUAGAGCGCAGUGCGAGUUUGGGUGAAUGCAAUAUUAAAAGCAGUUGCUCAACAUUGUGGCGUUUUUGUCUGUUGAGAUGUGAUUCUUGUAGCUCACUUUAUCGAAUGAAUCAGAAAAUGGGCAUGCCCCACAUAAAACGCAUUUUCAUGAACAGAAGUGCUUAGAUUAAAACUAGUUCGUGGUGUAGGUGAGAUUUGAAUGUAAUCCAUAAGCAUAAACGCAUAUCAUACUGCGUGGUAUGUUUACUUUACUUUAACACAAAAAAUUAUGACGUCACAAGUUCCAGUAUCCAUGGUGGAGGCGAACGCGUUCCUUGGAACUGUUAUGUUCUUUCUGUCAACCGCUGAAUAGCAACCUGAAAUGCCCUCCAAGUCCGGGUAGAACGCCGCCAGGCAAGAAGACUUUGAUACAGACAGAAGUGAAUGAGCUGUUCAGUUUACAAUGGCUUCUUGCCCGCCUCCGAUGCCCAGUCCAUGCCGACGCUGCUACAGAGUAAAAGUCAGCUCUUCGCCACUCAGCGCUCAACAGUUUCUAAGGAGAGGAGACUCGUCUCGUAAAAGGAAGUCGCCUGUUGAAUGGACGCCGUCCAAGAAAGCUCGUUGGAAUCAUUUGCCUGACACCAUCCUUGUUGAAGUCCUCAAAUGGAUACCCCAGAACGAACUUGGUGUAUGUGCCCAGAUUUCCCGACAGUGGUACAGAGUCGUGUACUCCACCGGAGUGUGGGAGGACAGGGAAAUUCUCUUCGACUUCUCUGCCUUCUGCUCCAUCGAGUACAACGGGAAAUGUGAGCAGUAUGAGUGGUUCGUGGAGAGGAUGGGGCGGUACGUCCGGAACGCCAAGCUGGUGCUCAACCUGGUGUGUUCCCGCCUGCGCGACCCAAGGUUCCGCGGCGCUGCCUGCAGACGACAGCAGUACGAGGUGAUGGAGCGCCUGUUUGAGGGAGGUCGCCUGAGAAGUCUACAGAUAGACUUUGUACCUCAGUUCAACCCGCCACACGUGUACAUGGGAUACUGCGCACACCAAGACUGCACGGAUCCCGUACAGAAUUUCCUGAAGAAGAUUUCCUCAAGUCUACCAGGUCUCCGUCGGCUGUCUGUACAGUGUUUACCCGACUGGCACUGGGAGCUCCUGCUCCGCACCAUCCCCACCAUGACCAACCUGGAGAAACUAGAGAUGAACCACAAGCGACACCAGCCCUUCCGUAUCGUCCUGUACAUGGGGGAUGUCCAUGGCUUGAUCCCCGCCGCACUCAGCAACAUGAGCACCCUCCGGGUCUUGAAGCUCGCCAACGUCGACGUACAAGACACUUUAUGGCACGCCCUGGCAAACCACUCCGGAAUCCCGCUGCACCAACUCACCAUGGUGGCCUACACAGACUUCAACCCUUUCAGUCUCCCGACAUGGGAGAGGGUCGCGCAGAAGUUCCCCAGUCUGUGUGUAGAGCUGUUCUUCCGACACGGCCAGCAGAGACUAGUGCUGAGGAAGUCCGAGUUCGAGUCUUUCCUUCGAGACGACAUUCGGCUGAAGACGCUUUGCGUCAGUCAAGGAAAGCUGUGCAGGGAGAUAGCCAUGAUUGACGUUCUCCAGACAGUCGCCGAAAAGUACACCGAUAGCUUAGAAACGUUCCUCUUCUUCCAGUCCCGGGGGCAGCCCAUGGUCUCGUCAAAAGAAGUCGAGCUGAUACGAAGGUUUCCGAAACUUGCCGAGGUUGCUAUAGCUCCAGUUAUCACCGACAAACGGCUGAAACAGCUCGCCAAAGGGUGCAGAGGACAACUUCGUGAACUUCUGGUGCGAUCAGUGCUGAAGUACAUGCCGGACGCCAACAAACUGGUGAAAAUGGAGGCCAAAGAAGUGUCUAACCUGGAGACGGUGGUGACCAGGCUGUUGGGCUACCCUUGGGAGAUGUCCUCGCCGUCCUGGGCGGAGCGAGAGAUCAACGCAGAGGGUGACAUCGAGUUUGCGGAAGCGUGUAUGGAACAGUACAUGUGAGAAAUACCACCAGUUCAUGUACAAGUAUAGCGCGUCAAUGAAAACUCACAAACAAAUGAAAUAAAAGUUUUAUGAAAACACAGCA